UAAAUAUAUAGAUAUAGAUAGAUAGAUAGAUGUUUAUAGCGUAGGCUAUUAGCUUUAUAUAAAAUGAUAUGGUACAUAAAUGAGAAACUAAAGUAUCUUUAUUACCGUUAAUACAACAACAACUACAACAACAACAUCAACAAUAACACCGACAAUAACAAUAAAGGCCACUAUUCAUCCAUUUUACUAUUACUGCUACUAUUAAUAGAAGUUAACACAUUUGAAAUUAAUCCAAUUUGACAUUUAAAAAAAAUAAAACGGAAUUCAAAUUUGUUUGUUGAAUUUUUCUAUUCAAUAAUACUUGAUCAGAAUACACAGCAAAAUUCAGUUUGUGCAUUUAUCGACGAUUAAAGAAGAUUAAAGAAGAAAGAAAACACAUUUUGUUCAGAUUGUGUUAACAAAUUAUAAAUUAAAUACAACGUGCUUUUUUUGAAUUUAGAAUGAUUAAAGUACAACACAGAAGAUCCAUAAAAAUAUAUCCACCUAUGAUAAUCUGGAUUGUAUUCCUCAGUUAUAUAGUCCAUGUAGAAAGCUCUACAACAAAAAAACUUUUUGGACAUGCUAAAUUGGAUGGCAAUUAUCAGAUUAAUGAUCAUAAUGAUUUAUUAACUGGAUUUUUGUAUUCAAAAGAACUUGCUGUAAAUGAUCUAUUUGAUGUAUUAGAUGAAUUAAAAAAUUAUGUAACACGUUAUGAUCAUCAAAUUGUUUGUGCUGGUAUGGAACCAAAAAGUGAAAUGUGUAAAAUUGUAAUUCAUCAAUUGGCAUUAAAAUAUUUUGAAGCUGCAUUAAAUACAUCAGAUACAGGAUUUAAAUCUUAUAUUUGGAAACAAAUUCAUAAUGAUGAACUAUAUGGAGUAAUGCUUAUUUUAGAUCCUAAACAAGGUAAUGAACAAGAUGAAAUGCAUCAGAUUCUUAGAGCAUCCACUUAUCAAAGAGAUAUUUGUGCUAGUCUCUUAUUGGAAUCAGGAAAUAACGAACGCUUACGAUAUAUUCGAUUACAUAAUGGUCCAGAUAAAUCACUUUCUGAAUUGAUUAAAAAUCUAAUGAUGAGACAGUUUGUAGAGGAGAGUACUCAACUUUACUUAUGCACUGAAUACAAAGCAGCUGGUUUACACAAUGUUGCAAUCUUCGCUAACCAGUUAUCUCUGAAACAUUUCGUCAAUACAGGAUUCGAGAUGGUUGAAUGUGGUUCAAAGCUGUAUGAAGUAUGCGGAAAUAGUUGGUUCAAGAACCGGUGCCUAAUGGUCAGGACAAUCACGGCUGGGGACUGUCGAUCACCUUGAUACUUUUAAACACUAAAAACUGAUUGCAUUUUUCAAAUAUUGUCAAUACUAUAAAUCUCACUAAAACUAAUAAAUUACUUAACUCAAUUUCGA